AUGCCCAGGAACUUGCAUUGCUUGGCGGUUGGGACGGAUCUUGGGAAGCCUGUUGAUGCACUUGCCGUACUUGCCGUUGUCCCUGUUCCUCCAGAGCUCGAGCAGGCACAGCGUCUGGUCGGUGAAGGAGGCAGACAUGACGAAGGCGGGGUGCCCGUUGGCACAGCCAAGGUUGUAAAGACGACCGUAGGCGAGGAUGAUGACACCCUUUCCGGUGUCGGGGAAUCUGAAGUAGUCGGAUCCGGGCUUGAUGUUGAUAAUUUCGAGUCCUGGCACCUGGCUGAGUUCAGACAUUUGGAUCUCCUGGUCACCCUGGCCGAUGUUGCCGAGUAUGGCAUUGUUCUUCAUGCGCCUCAUGUGCUCAACGGUGAUGAUGUCGAUGCCACCGGUGCAGGAGAUGAAGAUGUCAGCGGUUUCCACGACGUCCUCGAGGAGCACGACGUCGUAGCCGUCCAUGGCAGCCUGCAGGGCACAGAUGGGGUCGAUCUCGGUGAUCUUGACGUUGGCGCCCUGUCCCCUGAAGCCCUGGGCAAUACCCUUGCCAACGUUACCGUAGCCGAUAACGACGGCGGUCUUGCCACCAAUGAGGAAUCCAUCAGCUCCGUUGAAGAAGCCGUGGAUGCCAGAGUGCCUGCAGCCGUAGAUGUUGUCGUACUUCUGCUUGGUGACACAGUCAUUGGUGCUCAUGACUGGGAAGAGCAGUCCGCAUUUUUUCCAGAUGUUGCGGAAGUGCGUAACGCCGCUGGUGGUCUCCUCCGAGAGUCCAGUCACCUGGGAGGCGAGCUUCUCCCAGAAGUAGCCCUGCUCCACAACCAGCUUGUUAAGCAGCUUAAUGAGGCACUGGGUGUCCCUGUCGUUCUCGUCGAAGUCGGCGGGGUUCAAUAA